AAACAUGAGCUGAGUCAGGCCACAGACCGACACCAGCAGAUCGAGUCCAAGUGUUCAUCGCUUGAGCAGAAACUAAAACAAGUCACUGAGGAGAUGAGUUGUCAGAGGCACAAUGCUGAAAGCUGCAGACGGGCACUGGAGCAGAAACUAAAGGACCAAGAGAGAGACAGUCAGAAGGAACUUGCCCAGCUGCAGAGUUCCCAUCAUGCUUUGGAUCAACAGCUAAACCAGACCAGAACCAAGCUGACCCAAGAGAUCCAACAGGCCAAAAAAGACCACAACAUACUGCAGGCGGACAUGGAGAAGGUCUCAGAGUUAACAUCACAUGCAGCUCGUCUGACUAAAGACAAAGACUCUGCCCUGAGCAAGAUGAGUCUUUGGAUGAAGACCUGCAAACAGCUGGAGCAGGAGAAGGAAAUGAUGUUAAACGGCUCAGGGGCAGGGAAGAGCAGUGAGGAGGGGCAGACUGAGCUGACCCAGCUGAGGAAGGAGGCAGAGAAACUAAAGAAAGAAGUGGAAGACCUGAAGUCAGCCUUGGAGCAGAAAAUGUCGGAGGCUGAAGAAAGACUGAUGGAGUCUCAAGAAAAAGACCAAGAGGUGAACAAACUUAGCGCUGCACUUGAUGGAAAGAGAAAGGAAUUAGAGGAGACGGUUAAAGAGCUGGAGGAGAUGAAGACUGAGUUGGAAGAAGUGAACAAACUUCUGGAGGAGAAAAGCAAAGAGGCAGAUGAGAGCAUGGAGAAAUACUGCAGCCUGAUGCUUGAGGUUCACAAACUGGAAAAGACCAACGAGGCACUGAAAACCCGACUGGAGCUGAUUGGUGCUAGCCAAAAUGCUAAUGACGGCCACUCCAGCAGCAUCGAAGGCCGCCAGCGUUCAGGGAGGAAGUCUUCCACCAGACAUCAGGAAUUAAAAAUCGACGACAAUACCGAAAACAUGGCUCCUUCGUCUACUCAGAGAUCUCCCCCGGGCUCAGGGAAACGAGGUCACCGUGAAAUCAGCAAUCGAGACGGCGCUCAGGAGGCCCUACACAAUGUGACAAAGAGGAUCAAAGCCAACGCCAUGACAACACCCAAAUCAAGACCUGAACAGGAAGAUGAAGAGUUCAGACCAGAGGGACUUCCUGAGUUGGUACAGAGAGGGUUUGCUGAUAUUCCUCUGGGGGAGGCCAGUCCUUUCAUCAUCAGGAGAACCACAGUGAGGCGCUGCAGCCCUCGACUGGCUGCCAAACAAACUGCAUCUGAUGGCAAGGGUUUGGGGCCCAUACCUCUGCAGAGUCCCUCUGCUGCUAUGGCAACGGACACUGCCAACAAGACACCAGAAAAACAACUAAGAGAACAAACACAGCAAGGAGACAACUGUCACGUUCAGUAGAUCAGCCUGGACUUGCACGCACACAGCCUUCCACUUAGAAACACACACAUGUACGUCACAAAAUGUUAACGAUCCAUGUUUGUAAAGGUACACGGAUCUUUAAAGACACGCUUAUUUUAAAAGUAUACUCCUUCCUAAAAUGCACUUUUCUUUUU